AUGUCCUUUGACGGAAUAGUGACAGGGGAGUGCAUCUGUGUUGAUUCUUCCGAACAUCUUAGCGUCUUUUGGCACCAUCAACCAGCGUAUCCUCCUGAAGAAGCUGCUUUAUUACUGUUCCUGUCAUGGGUGUUAUAUUGUCAUUGCUGUGAAUGUGAAGUCCCUCCUGAUGUCUGCGAGCCUCUAAAGGUGCGGUUCCUUCACAUUAUGCUGCUCAUGCUUUUUGGCACGGAUUACAUCCUUUGGAAGUUGGGUCUUAGCGAAUGGCUGACAUUAGUGAACUGGGUAUUUGAUGGAAUUCCUCCCUCUGAUGAUCCAGACCUGUCAAUCCAGAACAAAUACUUUGAUGGGGUCCAAGUGAGGAUUUAUCAGCCCAAAAGGCAAUCUGAAGUUCAGCGGAGAGGAAUAGUGUACUUCCAUGGAGGAUGCGGAAUCUUCACAGGCGUCGACACCUAUGAAAGACUGUGCCGCUAUAUUGCCAGAGAAAGCGAUUCUGUCCUCGUAUCUGUUGGGUAUCGUCUUGCUCCAAAGAGCCCUUAUCCAACACAGUUCAAUGAAUGUCAUGAUGCUACGGUUCACUUUAUGAAGAAUGCAGAGAACUAUGGGGUAGACCCUGCUCGUAUAAUACUUUGUGGGGACAGUUUUGGUGGGUUGGUGACGGCUUACCUCUGCCAAGAGCUGAAAAACAGAACGGAUCUCCCCAAAAUCCAUGCUCAGGUGCUGCUCUAUCCGUUUCUCCAAGCACUGGACUGUACUUUACCUUCUUAUCAGCAAAAUGCUCUUUUCCCUCUGCUAGGUCGGAAAGAUUUGUUGAGAUUCGCUGCACAAUAUCUUGAUAGAUCAGCAUCAAUUAUUGACAUGGCUAUUGGUGGAAAUCUGGUCCCUGAAAACAUUCAAAUGAAACACAGGGGGUGGGUACAUUCUGAAAACAUCCCGUAUGAGUUUAGAAUCAGAAACCACAAUCCAGCCAAGCCUGCUUCUCCCAAAAACAAUUUAUUCAAUUUGAUUAAUGAAGUGCUUGACCGAAAAAUUUCCCCACUUCUGGCUGAUGAUUCCUUUUUACAAGGUCUUCCCGAGACUUUCAUCUUAACUUGUGAAUAUGAUGUGCUGAGGGACGACGGCUUGUUGUAUAAGAAACGACUGGAAGACAACGGCGUCCCGGUAUCAUGGUACCACCUUGAAGAUGGAUUUCAUGGUGCCCUAGUUAUGCUUGAUCACUGGCUCGUCACUUUUACCUGUACUAAAACUGGAGUAGACAGUGUCGUCGCUUAUAUCCGAGGUCUGUAG